AUGGGUGAGCGCAUCGGGUAUUUGGGGCCGGCAGGGACUUACACCGAGCAGGCAGCCCUGCUAUAUGCCCCGGAGGCUGAGUUCACGCCGUUGCCGACCAUCAAUGCAGUGGGCGCUGGCGUAGCCAACGGUGAUCUGGAUGCCGGGGUAGUGCCCAUAGAAAACAGCCUGGAGGGUUCGGUUACAUUUACUCAAGACUUGCUUAUCACUCAAACCGGAUUAUCCAUCAGGAAUGAGGUGGUGAUACCGAUUGAUCACUUUCUCGUUGCACCGCCAGGUGUGGAAGCGGAUCAGGUCCGUGUAAUAUUUUCUCACCCGCAGGCAUUGGCGCAGUGCCGCGCUUAUCUGGAAUCCAGAUUCCCAUUGGCGCAAAAUGAGGCUUCUCUAAGCACUGCUGCUGCCGUGGCUGACAUGCAGGGCAGCUCCGUACCCGCAGCGGCCAUCUGUCCUCAACGGGCUACAGAACUGUACGACGUCCAAGUGCUGGAUCGUGGCAUUCAGGACAAUCCGAUUAAUCAGACCAGGUUCGCUGUGUUGGCCCGAACUGAUCACGCCAUGACAGGACAUGACCGGACAUCGAUCUGUUUUUCGUUCACCGUUGAUCGACCCGGAAGCUUGUACCACUGCAUCGGCGAGUUUGCCCAACGAAACAUUAAUCUCGUGAAAAUAGAAAAGCCGUCCCACCAAACAGGCGCUGGGGCGUUACAUAUUCCUGAUCGAUUUGGCUGGCCACCGCCAGGAAACGGACGUAGCGGCGGCUUUGGAGGGUCUGAGGCAAAGGGUAGACAUGUUGAAGAUCCUGGGUUCCUACCCGACGUGGGAACCGCCACACGACUGAACCGACGCCAGAACGCCCCAAUUAGUAAGACCGGCCCACUUGGGAGCCGGUCUUACUUUGGCCAUCAUGCGCUAAGAGCGUGUCGCCCGCGCUGA